AAAAGAAUAUUGACUAAGAUGAAUGGAAGAAAGCAGCUUCUGCUGCUUUUUCUUGCUUUCCUAUACAUUACUCCUGAAGUCCAUGGCUUUAUAGAAGGACUUUAUUGCGGACGAUAUAACUGUUAUGAUGUUCUUGGUGUGACAAGAGAUUCMACAAAGGGAGAAAUCUCCAAAGAGUACAGAAAGUUGGCCAGAAAAUUCCAUCCUGAUAGAUAUAAGGGUGAUGAUGUGGAGGCAAAUGCUGAGAAAUUCAGGCUCAUUGCCACUGCUUAUGAGACUCUCAAAGACCCAGAGCAGAGGGCUGAUUAUGACUACAUGUUGGACAAUCCUGAGGAAACAUAUCGUCACUAUUAUCAUUAUUAUGCGCGUCGCAUGGCCCCACAAGUGGAUGUCCGCAUUGUAAUUGGAGUUACUAUUACUAUUAUAUCAGUAUUACAGUAUCUUCAUGGCUGGUCCAGAUACAAUGAGGCUGUCCAAUAUGCAUUGACUGUACCAAAAUACAGAAAUAAGGCUUUACAAAAAGCUCAUGAAGAUGGUUUGUUAAAUGGACUCAAGAAGAGAGGGAAACGAUCGAAGGAAGAGAUGAAAGAAGAAGAAGAGGCAAUUUUGMGGAAUGUCGUAGAAAAUUCCCUUGACAUAAGAGGAGGACACAGUAAGCCAAGCAUCUUGGACAUUCUCUGGUUGAGAAUCAUUCUUYUUCCCUACCAUUUUUUGAUGUACUUCUGCUGGUUAAUACGMUGGUACUGGAAGUUCUCCAUCAAACGAGAAGAGUAUGGUGAUGAAGAAAAGUUUUACCUAAUCAAGAAAUACAUGGGACUAUCCCAAACACAGUGGGAUGCAAUGGAUAAAUCACAACACGAUGACUUUUAUGACAGGCAGUUAUGGAUACCAGAAAACUAUAAGGAGUUCAAAGAAGAGCAAGAAGAGGAGAUGAGGAGGCAGUUAGCGCAAAACAACAAGUAUAAAGCUUACAGGCGUUACAUGAAGAAAGGAGGUCCAGGACAAAUGACAUUCAUGGAAGAUGACUGAACAAAUAAUCAAUUUUAGGAAUAUAAUAUUGAAAUUCUUC